GGGCUUGGAUAAUGAGUCAAUCCGGAAGUGGAGUGUCCCUGUGCACUUUCGGAGGUGUCAAAGAAAAGACGUCGCCGCGGACAGACUGUAACGCAGGCACGCGCGCGCAGGAGAUUAUGAAAUGUAGAGGGACGAAGAAGGGGACGUCGGGCUGCUAUUAUCCGCGCUAAAUGUCCACCCAGAGUUUCUGAAUGAGACACGUCUGAAUGGCGGUAGAGCUGAGGUAGAGGAGGGGGUAACAGCGCGGAUAUGGGAAAGACUGAAUCCGGAGAGACGGUGGGGUAUUGGCACCGGUAAAUGGGAGACACCUGGAGUCGGAGGACAGAAAAGUAAGGGGCAAAAGACCAAACACGGAGAACCCCCGACAGACGACCCGUCUACAUUUGGAGCAAUGAAGAAAGUUCUGAUGUGGAGAGAGAGAGACACUGUGCCUCUGAGGGAAUGAGACUGCUCGGUCUUCAGUCCUGUCCUCGCUGCGCUCUCUCCUGUGGUGUCACUGGGCCAUGGUGCGGAAGAAAGGCGUGGUCAUCCUGUGUGGAGCCUUCCUAUUCGUCGCCUGGAACGCUCUGCUCCUGCUCUUCCUCUGGGGGCGGCCUCCCAUUGGCCGGCUCGGGGAGGUGGGCGGCGCCGAGCCGGGUGGCAGGGAGGAGUGGGGGGCCGGCAGAGGAGGUGGGGCCGACCUGGCGGGGGAAGUCAUCCGAUUGGCCGAGGAAGUGGAGUCGGAGCUGGAGACCCAGAAGCACCUGCUGAAGCAGAUACAGAGUCACCGGUCGCUAUGGGAACGGCGGAGGGAGGUGGGAAAGAGAGCGAUGGCGGCGGCGAAGGAGGAGGAGGAGGAGAAGAAGAAGGGCGGCGAGGCAAAGGGACGUGCUGAGGGGUCUCCUCCACCGCCCCCGGCCCCGCCCCCAAACCAGAACCAGAACCAGAACAGCGUGGAGAACGCGGACCAAGUUAUCAGCAAAAACGCCAAAGGUUCGCUGGCCCCUCCUCCUUUCCAUAGGGGGGGGUCGGACGCCGUCGCAGAGGAGCCGCCGGCGAACCGGAACAAGCCGGCCACCCUGGUGACCCCCCCGCAGGCGGUCAUCCCCAUCCUGGUCAUCGCCUGCGACCGCGUGACCGUCAGGCGCAGCCUGGACAAGCUGAUCCAGUACCGCCCGUCCCCCGAGCUCCACCCAAUCAUCGUGAGCCAGGACUGCGGCCACGCCGACACGGCCAAGGUGAUUGGCUCCUACGGCGCUCAGGUGACCCACCUCAGGCAGCCCGAUGUCUCAGACAUCCGGGUGCGGCCCGAGCACAGGAAGUUCCAGGGCUACUACAAGAUCGCCCGCCAUUACCACUGGGCCCUGAACCAGGUGUUCACCGUGCUGUCCUACGACACCGUCGUCAUCGUGGAGGACGACCUGGAGGUGGCGCCGGACUUUUUUGAGUACUUCCGGGCGCUGUACCCGAUCCUGCGGUCGGACCCGACGCUGUGGUGCGUGUCUGCGUGGAACGACAACGGGCGGGACGGGCUGGUGGACGUGGGGCAGCCAGGCCUGCUGUACCGAACCGACUUCUUCCCCGGCCUGGGCUGGAUGCUGCUGCGGGACCUGUGGGCGGAGCUGGAGCCCAAGUGGCCCGCGGCAUUCUGGGACGACUGGAUGCGUCAGCCGGACCAGCGGCGGGACCGCUCCUGCGUGCGGCCCGAGGUUUCCCGGACGAUGACCUUCGGGCGCAAGGGCGUGAGCCUGGGCCAGUUUUUCGACCAGUACCUGCGCUACAUCAGGCUCAACUCCGAAUUCGUGCCUUUCACCCGGCUGGACCUGUCCUACCUGCUCAGGGACGGGUACGACCGCAGGUUCCAGAGCCAGGUGUACGGCGCCCCCCUGGUGAAAGUGGAGGAACUGCAGCAGGGGGGCGCGCUGAAAGGGAAUGGGCCCUUUCGGGUGCAGUAUUCCAGCCGGGACAGUUUUAAGGUCCUGGCCCGUAACUUGGGGGUGAUGGACGACCUGAAGUCGGGGGUCCCGCGGGCCGGCUAUAGGGGCGUGGUCAGCUUCCUGUCCCGUGGCCGAAGGGUCUACUUAGCGCCCCCCCCUGGCUGGAGUCAUUAUGACACCAGCUGGAGUUGAGGGAGGGGACACUAGGUGGGGGGGGGGGGGUUAUAUUUCAUGGAAAUAUAAAUCACGAGCGGAGGUGCCAGGAAGGAAAGGAGGAACAAAACAGCCUCUCCAAACCAAAGUAAAUAUGAAAAAAAAUCUUCUUUUUAAACUGCCCCCCCCACCGGAGGGCCUGUUCCUCUCGUCUUUUCUCACCGUAUGCACUCGACUGGGAUCCGCCGUGCCACUCUGAGACUCCGGACCAAUCAGAGGAAGAGGGUGGCAUUGUGGGCAGAGACACAAAAAGAAGCCCCUCCUCACUCCUGGAGAAAGCGGGAAAUGCACCAGGUGCAAAAAAACUAAACAAACAAAACAAAAUGGCUACCAGAAAAAGGCGCAGUCGUGGGAGUUUCGGUGUCAGAUGUCCGGUGGAGAAGGUGGAGCAGGUUAACCGGGUCGAUCUCUGCCUUCUACCCUGCGUGUCCAAACUGGGGUUUGAGAAGGAAUGUGUCCUCUGGACACUUUUUUUUUUCUGUAAAAGUUUCUCAAUCUGUCUCAAUUUUACAACAGGACCGGGUAUGGGGGACGGUUGGGAGAUUUUAGGUUUAUUUGUAAUAUAAUAAAUGAAGUUAGAUACGCAGAGAGAAAUUACCGUUUUAUUUGAUUCAUGCAGAUGGAAUAAUAAUAAAAGGAUUUUUUUUUUGUCAAAUGGUAGUUGAUUAUAUUUUCUGAGUGCUUGAUGAAGCCCAUACUGUGCAGUUAAGCGUCACGCACCAACAGUGCACCAGUGAUGCGUUUCCUGUUACAAUCCAGUUUUCAGGGCGUGCUGUACACUUACAAAAAAAAAAAACUCAAAACAGGAAAUCGUUUAAUCCCCAUGACAUUACAACAGCUGUCAUUUAAGAUUAGGUUUGUUUAAAAACCAAUGUUUAUUAUGUACCUUAUCGCAUUUUCCAUUUAGCGUGGAUGAAGAUCAAAACCUGGUGCUGUGUGUGGAGGGCAUAAGUAUAUACUUUUUUCUGAGGUUCUGGAUGGUUCUUCAGUUUUGGUCGUGUUAUUAAGGUGAGGUGUGGAAACACUGCCUGGGAUGUUUUUAACUUUAAUCCAUGGAGAAUAAAAGAGAGAAUUUUAGAGUUUAA